UCCGUCGGUAAACACAAUAUACAGUAAUGAUGUAUCAUGAUUAGUAAUGGAAUGUAUUCUUAAAUCCUAAUAAGCAUGAAUCUAGUACAUUGGAAAGCGAAUGCGGUCUUUAUAAGUGAAAUCGUAGUUUGACAGAAUAUUAAACAUUCAAUAUUCAUUUGUUUUUGUGGACGUUUCGAUUCUUGUAAAAUUUCUUCAGGAAAUAAUAAUUUGUAUUAUAUUGCCUGUUAGAAAGCUUAAAAAUGCCCAAGUUGGUAAAAUUUACAAAACUUAGAUCUACCACGGAUCACACAUUUUGGGCAAAAUUUGCAGAAAUGAAAAUAGACAAACUGAAAUUGGAUGAAAAGGCAGUAAUUAAUUUGUGGGGAAGCUACAGUCUUCAAUCACCAAAUGAAGACAAUGUCAAUCCCUUAAUAAUGGAUUUUACAUCAUUCAAUGAAAACAUAGAAACAGUUUGUCAUAAUUCGUUGGUAAUUUGUUGCGGGAAAAUGAUUAAUACAAAUACUUAUGAGGCAUUUCGACAAACCAAUCCUGGAACAUUCAUUAAUGCCUUGGGAAAGGAUGUUAUGAACAGCAUUGUAGAUGGAUCUAGUUUACAAAUGCCAUGGAAACUAUCAUUAUUUUUAGUACUGGCAUAUUCAGAUUUAAAGAAAUAUAGAUUUCAUUAUUGGUUUGCUCAUCCUACUCCAGUAAACUUACCUGAAAUCUAUUAUGAAGAACCCUCAAGGUCAAUUAACGAAGAAUUUAUAGUUACUCACGUAGCAGACCUAUGUGAAGGAUUUCUCAGACUGGACAGCAGAUCAAAAAAUUACUUUACAGUUUUAAUAUCUCGUGAAAAUAAUAUACAUAUUGUUGAUCUGGCAGUAGGAAUAAAGUUAAUCAAGGAAUCUAAAGACUACGAAGAACUACAGGCACAAAAUGAAAUUUAUUUUGCAUUUUACGAUCCUUGUACAAACACUGAACCAGGAUGGCCUUUACGCAAUCUCCUUUGUUUAUUAUUUUGGCAUUGUCCCGUGUAUUAUUUUACAAAGCCUAUUAAAGUCAUAUCUAUAAGAGGAAACAAGGCCCAGAAAAGUAUUGUUUUCAAACUUAGAGUUCAAAAAUAUGCAAAUAGUAAAAUAAUAAGAGACAAUUUAUUUGAAAGUCAAUUGGUUGGUUGGGAAAACAAUACAAAUGGUAAACUAGGUCCAAAUAUAGCCGAUUUAUCAGACGCUAUGGAUCCAGCCAAGUUGUCAGACAGAGCUAUCAAUUUAAACUUAAAGUUAAUGAAAUGGCGUCUCGUUCCAAAUCUAGAUUUAGACAAAAUCAGUAAUCUUAGAUGUCUUCUGUUGGGUGCUGGAACUUUGGGUUGUUCUGUAGCAAGAGUACUUUUAGGUUGGGGAGUGAAUAACAUAACUUUCGUCGAUAGCUCUAACGUUUCUCACAGUAAUACUGUAAGGCAAAGUUUAUACAGCCAUCAGGAUGCUGUAGAACAUAAAUAUAAAGUUCAUGCAGCUAGAGAUGCGCUACUUAAUAUAAGACCAAAUAUGAAUGCAGAGGGUGUGAUCUUACAUGUUCCAAUGCCUGGGCACGUUGUUGGUAAAAGUAUGAUGGAAUCAACGAAACUGUCACUGGAAAAAUUGGAAGAACUUAUUCAAAAGAAUGAUGUAGUUUUCUUCCUUUUGGAUUCUCGAGAAGCUAGGUGGUUACCCACUGUAUUAUGUGCAGCAAUGAAUAAGAUUGCUAUUAAUGCUGCUUUAGGUUUCGAUUCGUUUACUGUACAGAGGCACGGCACUCGCAAUUCUUCUAUUCCGUCUUCUCCAGAUUUAGACAUAAAAAAUCCUUUUGGUUCGGAUCUAGGUUGCUAUUUUUGUAACGAUGUAACGCAGCCGGGAAAUUCUCAAACUGAUAGAACACUAGAUCAACAAUGCACUGUUAGCAGGCCAGGUUUGUCGCAAACUGCUGCGGGAUUAGCGGUUGAAUUGUUGAUGGCUUUGUUACAUCAUCCUCAAAGUAUCGAGGCAGGGGCAUUAAUGGGUAAUAACAGAGAUAAUAUUAGUCCAAACCACACCGAAUUGUUCGGUUUGUUAGGAGGUGUGCCGCAUACGAUACGCGGGUCUCUGUGGAAUUAUGAUAUGCAGUUGACGAUAACGCACAGAUUUACAUCCUGUACGGCAUGUUCUGUGCCUGUCAUCACGGAAUAUAGAAAUCGUGGUUUAUCGUUUGUACUUGAUGCAUGUAACAUUCCAAACUAUUUAGAAAAAUUAUCGGGUCUAGAGGAAUUACUUAAAAGGCCCGAUUUGGACGAGCUAUGUUACGCCUUAGAUAACUUAAGCGACGGCGAGGACGAUCAGUUAAACACUACGUCGUAAAAACCAAUCUGUGCAUUUAUACGCUUUUAACUCUGACGAAAAUGUCUUUGUUACAUGAACAGAGCCAAGAUGAACUUUACGUGAUGAAUAACCGAAUAACUAUUCGAUAAUGUCAGUAUUUAAGGAUCUAAACGAGUGAAUUUUAAAAGUACAAUGCUAUAUGCAUCUGUGUUGUGACGUAACCUUGGAAUUAUGUUAUUAUAAAAUAUGACGUUUAAAUAAAACUUUUAUACAAAUCGCAAUGUAUAAGAACGCAAUACACAAUGUAAGAGAUUGUAAUAAGUUUUUAAAUCUCAUUUUUAUCGAUUGAAUAGAGCAAGCAUAGGAAAAUGAGCAAUGUUGAAUACAAUAUUGAAAUUGCCUGGCAAUGCAGAGAACAAAUGUUCUUCAUUACAUUUAAGAAUAGCUUUAUUCCUCGAAUCGCAUCAUGCACGAUAUAAUUUCCACUACCCGGAUAUUCAGAAAAUAAGAAUGCAAGUCAAAGAACCGAAAAUUUAUCAAUUUAUCGAUCAGGUUUUCUUAAUCUGCAUCGGUAAUAUUUUACUCCUA